UCCUUUUCGGAAUUAAGGUCCCUCACUAAGAAGACAGGUUAAAUAGACUGACCUCAGUGCUGCAGAGAAUAAUUACCGUUGUUUCUCGAGUCAGAAAGCAACGUCCUUCCAUCCUUCAGACUGAGGGGUCUUUAGGGGCCACCAAAAUUGGCCACGAAAUCUGGGUUGUCCUUUGUCUGCAUCACUCACGGGCUAGUGUUUCUUCUUCGAACCCGUGGGCUAGUGUUUCUUCUUCGAAUCCGUUUGGCUUUCCUAUCUCUUUCACAUGCUACCUUUUAACCAAAAAACUUCAUACUGCUACACUCACUCUGCAAGCCCCCAUGGCUUCCUUUCUCUCAUCUGCUUCCUCCUCAUUCUCGGCUACCACCAACUUUCAAAGAUUAGACCUGAAUUCCUUAAGGGCAUUGAUAAUCUUAGUUGAUGACUUCAUGUCCCAGCUCCUCAUGCACCCGGAGCAACGUAAAUCUCUGAAGCUCAGAUGUGCUUCUAAGCUCAAUAUUCGGAAGAAGCAGGAGUUUUUUGAGUUCGCUGACCAUUCUGUCAUCUCCAACCUCUACUGGGGAAUUGAAAAAAUCGAAGCAGCACUCAAGAUCACGAAGUUCUGUGAGUCGAGAAUUAUCUGCUUGCAGAAAGCCGAGGAAAUGCUGCAAAUACCAGCACUCUUGGAUGAACAUGGGAAAACAGGGGCUGCUUCGAAUCAGUACAUUGUAGCAUGUGCUUAUUUCUAUCUCUCCCUGGUUUGGAAGCUCAGGAGUGAGGAACUUCAGAUGACGUCCCACUUUCUUCAAGCAAUGUUGGUCUCACCACGUGACAUCCGCAAAGAAUUUGCACCCUCUCUUUGGAAACAGAUUUUUGUAUACCAAAGUCCUGUGGGAGAGAACAUGUGCGAUCUGCAAGGGAGUCCAAAUCUCGAGUCGCUUGAUGAGUAUUGUGAGAAUGCAAUUGAUGAAACAGCAAGACAGCAGGCUCGCAGGUACAAAGAUUGGUUGAUGUAUUACCAAGUUGUCUUCUAUGGAGAGGGCGCCUCCUGGCAGCUAUUUACCUGCAGCGAAGAAGUGCAUGAAUACCGGUACCAGGAGACAGGCAUGGAACAUCUGGGUUUUUGUCAACAAGCUGAAAAAGAAGCCUUCCAAGAGGCAAUGGCGAACAUGAAUGACAGUCCAGUAGCAUUCCCAGUCAAUAAUUCUAGUGUUCAUGUAUCAAAGGGCUCUGACCACUAUCUGAAUAUGAGUGUCUUUGAGAGAAAGCUGUUCAGACAACAUUUGAUUCCAGUGUUGAAGUGCACAAACAAAUGUCCGCUGGGAUCUAGAAGAUGCCUACUGCAAGAAACCAAUGGAAUGAAUAAAGCGUUCUCCAUGUCUGGCAGACCAGAUAGCCCUAUCAGUGACUUCAACUUCUCUGACUCAGAACUCAGCACCACUGAUCUACAAUAUUUGUUUGACUUGUCUGAUAACGUAACCAACAUUUUUCCAACAAGCAAUAUUAUCUUUCCACCAGGCAGCAGAAGGGAGAAAACUUUAGCUAGCAGAAGAAUGAACGAGAAUAUCAAUUAUUCAGGCCGCUGCACGUGCAUGGAACCUGAGAAGGACAAAUUCUAUCCUUUCAAUCAUAAUAUGAGGUCUCCAUGGAAAAACAUAGAUUUUGCAGAAGGGGAAAAGAUACAUGGCCUUGUAAACUUGAAAUCCAACAGUGACAUCUGCACAGAAAUACAAGAAAGAUUUGAAACUGCAGUAUCAGCAUUAUGCUUCUCAAAGGAGCUGGGGAAUAGUGAAAAUGCUAUUUUAGAAGUUUCAACUAUUUGGGGAAAAUUAGAAAAUGAAAUUCUAGAAAGAUGUAUAAUGCUACAGGAAGUGGUGCUUAGCCAACUGAUACAUCUUAUCUUGACAUCCAAAGUUGAAGAAGUUAUAAGGGCAUGCAUAUCUAUUCUGUCAUCUUUGAUAUUGAAAGAAGGCUCCACACUCAAUUACAUCAAGAAGAAAAACAUGGACAUGCAUGCACUAGCUAAUGCUUUAAACAAGAAGAUAUAUGAGGCAGCUAUCCUAAUUUAUUUAUUACAUCCAACUACAGAAGAGGUAAAAUCACUAGAGAUUUUGCCAACACUAGUGGAGGUUAUAUGCAAUGCUGAUCUUUAUAAAAAUGGACCAAUAUCUAUUCCUCUAGUUCCUGCUGUGGCAGCAUUAAUGAUGAUAGAAAGAUUGGUAACAGCAUUUGAUGAUGCAACUAACAACAUGCAUAUAACAGCAAUAUUAUCAUUAAGAAUUCUCCCUGGACUUGUGAACCUCAUCAGUUCUACGAAUCUUGAGGAAAGGAUCUCUUUGGCAUCCAUAUUGGUGAGGUGCAUGAGGUCAGAUGGAGGCUGUAGAAACUUUUUGGCACAAGUAACACCCAUGGCUCCAUUUAUCCGACUACUUCAGAGUAAAGAAGAACAUGCAAGAUGCGUUAUACUUGAGUUCUUAUAUGAAAUUCUCCGUUUACCAAGGUCAUCAGCUGUAGGUCUAUUACGUCAAAUACGACAAGAAGGUCAUUCCAACAUCAUGCACACAUUGGUUGCCUGCAUACAGCAACUACAACUUGAGCACAAACUUUUUGCAGCAAGUUUGUUGCUUGAGCUAGAUAUUAUGGAAGAUGCAGCUGGUAAGAGUGUAUUCAGAGAAGAAGCCAUGGAGGUCCUGCUUAAAUCGGUUUCAUCUGACCAAAGCACCAAGGCACAGACAAUGGCAGCUUCUAUUCUAGCGAAUUUAGGAGGCAGUUAUACUAUUACAGGAGAACCAUCUACAAUUGCAUGGCUAAUCAAGAAAGCAGGCUUAAGCUCUUCUACACAUAGGAGCAUGAUAAAAAGUCUAGAUAUAUCAGACCAAAGCUUACAGGAACUAGAUUCUGAAAGUUGGUGCCGAAAGAUCUCAAGAAGCAUUAUUCUUAUGGGGAAUCCAUUAUUUCAUGCACUAGGAAAGGGGCUUCAGAGCAAGUCCUUAAGAGUUUCAAGAGAUUGUCUCAUAGCUGUUGCACGAAUGGGAUAUGAAUUUGCAUCAUUGGGAAAUUCUCUACAAGAUUCAGCAUGUGACACCAUAUUAGCUGGAAUAGCACGCUUUCUACAUCCUGGAUCUGAGCUAGAGGAAAGGCUCCUUGCAUGUCUCUUCCUCUUUAACUAUGCAUCUAGCCAAGGAAUGCAAAAACUUGUAAAUAUAUCUGAACAACUGAGGGAAUCACUAAGAAGGCUAUCAAAUGUGACCUGGGUGGCUGAGGAAUUGGCGAAAGCAAUAGAUUAUUCAAUUCCAUUGAAUUUAGAAAAGAGUAUUUCAUAUGGCCACACGCAAUUUCUGGAGUUUGGACAAAAAAACAGUGGAGCAGUACAUGCGCUUACAUAUUACAAGGGACAGCUUCACAGCGGCCAUUCAGAUGGGACAAUUAAGGUGUGGGAUAUCAAGGGAAGAUCAGUCAAGCUUGUACAUGAGGUCAAGGAGCACAGAAAAACAGUGACAUGCUUCGGACUCUUUGAGCCAGGAGACAGCCUCUUAAGUGGCUCAAUGGACAAAACCAUCAGGAUUUGGCAGAUGGUAAAGCAUAAGUUGGAGUGCUUGGCUGUAGUUGAGAUGAAGGAACCAAUUCAGAGAGUAGAGGCACAUGACCGCCUCUUUUAUGCAAUUACGAGGAGUCGAGGUCUCAAGGUUUGUGAUGCAUCAGGGAUUAUCAAGGUUGUCUGCAAAAACAAAAACUUGAGGACACUUUUUGUAGAAAAAAACAAGAUUUAUCUAGGUUGCAGAGACUCAAGUGUUCAGGAGAUAGAUUUGGUUACUGAUCAGAGACGUGAAAUUGAAAGUCCUGCAAAGGGCUGGUGGAUGAAAAACAGACCCAUCAAUUCUCUUCUUGUCUACAGAGACCUUCUCUAUACUGCAGGUGCUUCUGUCAAAGGUUCAAACAUCAAGGUAAGAAGACGGCAGAAUGGGUCCCUUGUCACUAUGGCAACAGCAGGCAAGAGAACAGUGAUCCGGACAAUGACGGUGGUAGAGGACUUUAUGUACCUGAGUUGCAAGUCUUCACCAAGCAUUGUUCAGGUCUGGCUGAGAGAGAAGCAGCAGAAAGUGGGGGCUUUUUCAGCCGGAAGCAAGAUAACAAGCCUCAUGGUUGCCAAUGAUAUUGUUAUCUGUGGAACUCAGAUGGGGAUGAUUAAGGCAUGGAUUCCAUCCUAGCGGAAAAACGAGAUGCAACCAUUCAAACAUCAUAAUGACAAGUGACCAUCGAUGUGAUGAAAUGAAACAGGAAUUGCUGGACACAAAAACAAACAUCUCCUUAUAUAGGCUUGGCGAGAAAGAGCAUGUCCCUCGUAUGUCCAUAAUACAAAUCCUACGGCUAAUGAGUCCAAUCAAGGUGCCAAUUGAUUAUCUAGCCCUUCUACACGGGAACUACAUUAUAGUUCUCUUUCAGGUAUUCAGGUGCCAUAUUUCCGGAGUUUUCCGUGCCUUUCUAGAGAUGAUCAGUGCGUGUUCAAGAAUAAGACAUAGCAACAAAGGGAAGUUUUCUGUAAUUAUGUAAAUAAAGUCAAAGUUAUCCGGAUAAAGAGUGAUUGUAGCCAUCAUCAGUUAAAUCUGACCAUGAAAGAAAAAAUUGUAUUUGCCAUGCAAUUCUGUGAGAAUUUUCAAAGUUGUUGAUAACUGAUAUAUUUCUGCCUUGGAAUUUUA